AUUUCCCUUGAACAACAUUGCUAGCUAGCUUGUGUGGUGCUUUCCCUUGUAACAUUUUUGAGUGUUUUAAUCUCCUUGUUCAAUAUCAUUUGUUUUUUCUCAUUACCCAUUAAGCUAUAACAAAGAUGUCGAUCAUUCCUAAUAGCGUCUUUGGUGGUCGAUUUGAUCCAUUUUAUUGGGACCCAUUCGAGGACUUUCAUUUCAAUUCCAGUAUCGCUGUGCCCCAUACUCCUUUCCUCAAUGAAACAACGUCCUUCGUCAGCGCUAAGAUAGAUUGGAAGGAGACCCCAGACGCAUACGUGUACAAAGUGGAUCUUCCUGGAAUGAAGAAAGAUGAAGUGAAGGUGGAAGUGGAGCACGGUAAGGACCUCUGCAUCAACGGCAAAAGGAAGGUAGAGAAAAAGGAGAGGACCGACCAGUGGCACCGUGAGGAGCACAGCAGCUGCGAAUUCUUUAGGCGUUUCAGGCUGCCUGAGAAUGCCAAGGCGAAUAAGAUGACAGCAACUUUAGAUAAUGAAGUGCUUACUGUUACAGUUCCUAAGGAGGAGACCAAGAAGCAUAUUGCCAGAAUAAUUGAUAUUUGUUAAGACUGUUUAUUUCACACACACUCACUUGCACACACCAAUUUAUUAUCAUAAAUAAUUUAUACGUGAAUAAGUGGAUGUGUAUAAAGAGACAUUUCUCUUGUUAAGGUACUACAUAUAUGCAAUAACUCUUAAUGAUUGAGAACGAGAGUUAAAAAAAGUUAAUAAUCAAUCUUAGGAGUUCUUUUUUUUU